UAUUCCCAUAUACCUCAACAUUCCUCAAUUUCUCACGUAAAUUCAUAUGGAUUAAUGAGAACCUCACCUCCAUAUGUCCAAAUCCAUCCACAACAAACUUUAUCUGGUUCACGCACACCUUCAAAAACGACUCAAACUGGUUCAACAAUAGAUAGUGAUUCUAAAGGUGAAGAAGAGGUUGAACUUGUGAACGCAAACAAAACGUCAAACGGUAACAAUCAUAAUGAAGGUGAAUCGAGUGAAGCAGGAUCUGGUAGUAUGACAUACGAUCAAAAAAAGUCAACGAGAAGGAGAAAGUGUCGUUUUUUGAUUAAGAAUCAGAAUACAAAUGGACAUUAUCAAAGUGUGCGAACGCCUCAGUCCCCAGCAAGACGGUCAAGACGUGGUCGUCGACAAACUCAUGAAUGGGCUGGUGGUGAUGUUAACGACUUCAAAUCAAAGGAAUUCGACUUUCAAGGCAACCUAGACUUAUUUGAUAAAGAAAAAGUGUUUGCAGAAAUCAGA